AUGUCAUCUCAUUUCGUCAAGCAAACAUCCUUUGCUGUUGAUUACUCUCCUGCACAUGUGACCAAAUGGAGAUCCUCAAGAACUGGCUUACAACUCACAUAUGUUAAUCAACCAUCGCCCAUAGUAAGUGGAUAUUUCGCAGUGGCUACUGAGAUCGCAGAUGAUUCAGGUUGUCCCCAUACGUUAGAGCAUUUGAUUUUCAUGGGGUCAAAGACGUUCCCCUACAAAGGCCUUUUAGAUAACUUGGGGAACCGGAUGUUCUCAUCUACCAAUGCCUGGACAGGGGUUGACCAAACAGUGUAUACCUUGACCACUGCUGGCUGGGAGGGGUUCCGUAUAUUGUUGCCCAUUUAUCUUGAGCACUUGCUUUAUCCUACAUUGACCGAAGAAGCUUGUCUCACAGAAGUCUACCAUAUCGAUGGAAAGGGCCAUGAAAAGGGUGUAGUGUUUAGUGAGAUCCAAGGCAUUGAAAAUGAGUCUUGGUUCAAGGCGUAUGCAGAGCUUCAGAAAACCUUAUAUGCUCCUGAAUCAGGUUAUUCAUCUGAAACUGGGGGGAUGCUUGUAAACUUGAGAAACUUGACUAAUGAUCAAAUAAGACACUUUCAUAAAGUCAUGUACCGUCCUGAUAACCUCUGUGUCAUAAUCACAGGUUCAAUUGAUGAAGAGGAAUUAUUACAAGUGAUGAGUGACUUUGAUAAGACCUUGGAUCUGCUUCCUGAAACAAGCCGUGCAAAACGUCCGUUUGUUGAUUCACCUUUGGAUGAACCUUUAAAGGAGACUAUUGUCAAAAGCAUUACAUUCCCAGAUACGGAUGAAUCUAUAGCCGAGUUCUAUAUAGCUUGGAUUGGUCCUGAUUCUAAGGAUGUCUUGAUGAAUACAGCAGUUGAUUCCAUUGGGUCAUAUUUCACAGAUAGUCCUAUUUCAUUGUUUAACAAGGCCCUUGUGGAAAUAGAGAACCCGUUGGCUACAGAAAUAGACUACAGUACAGACGAUUACAUGAGAACAGCUCUUAACUUCAGUGUUAGUGGUGUCCCCACCGAAAAGUUAGAGUUCGUAGAUCAGAAAUUAAAAGAGUUGAUCAAGAGUCAAAUCGACCCAAAGAAUUUUGAUCUAAAAUAUAUGGCACAAGUAUUGAAGCAGCAAAAGUUGAAAUUUGUUUCUCAAACUGAAAAGUCUCCUCAAACCUUCUCCAACAUUGCCAUUUCAGAGUUUAUAUAUGGUAAUACAGACGGUUCAGACUUGGCUAAAUGGAGUAAGGACUUGAAUGAGUACGACAAGUUGGCUUCCUGGACAGCUGAACAAUGGAGUCAGGUAAUUAAGGAACAAUUUGUGGACAACCAUUCAGCAACAAUACUUGCUCGUCCUUCCGCUUCAUUGGAAGAAGAAAUGAGGCGUCAGCAUAAACACUUGAUGAAGGAAACCAAGAAGAAGUAUGGAAAAGAAGGUUUAGCUAAAUUGGGUGAAAAAUUAAGACUUGCACAAGAGAAGAAUGAUAAACCCAUUCCAGAUUCUGUCAUAACCAAUUUCGGUAAGCCAGAUCCUUCUAAAAUAGCUUUCAUUGACACAAAAUCAUAUAAAGCUGGUCUUAAUACCAUUGAAACAACAUAUGUUGAAGAUGAUGCUUUGAGUAAACUCAUCAAAAAGGAUACACCUGAGAAUUUCCCAUUAUUCUUCCACUUUGAAGAGUACAGAUCUGAGUUUAUUUCCAUUAACGUUGUUACUUCAUCUACUGGUGUUGAGCCUCAAUUAUUGAAAUAUUUGUCGAUUAUGGAAGAGAUCUUUUCACUUUCCAUCAGACUCCCUGAUGGACAAUUCAUCCCUUAUGAAGAAGUUGUAUUUCAAAUUAAUGAUGAUUUGAUUGAGUUCCAAGUUGAAAAUGGAUUUGAAAGUCAAUUUCUAGAAUUGUUGAACAUUAGAAUCAAAUUGUCUUGUGUUAAUUACCAAAAGGGAAUCAAAUGGUUAUUAAAUGUCUUGAAAUAUUCUGUGUUUGAACAAUCUAGAAUCAAAGUUAUAAUUGAAAAGAUCAUCAAUUCUACACCCGAGAAAAAAAGAAGUGGAGAGCUCAUGAUGUAUUCAGCAGAGGGUAGAACAUUGUUCAAUGAUGGUUCUAUUAGAAAGGCGCAAGAUUUCAUAAAUACCGAUACAUUUUACAAAGAUUUAUUGGAGAAAAUCGAACAAGGGAAUUACAGUGACGUUGAAGCUGAUCUCAAUAAAUUGAGAGAUCAAUUAUUCAAUUUAGAUAACUUAAAGUUAUUCAUUGUUGGAGGAAUAACUAACAUUAAAAACCCGGUUUCAUCAUGGGUUCCAUUUUAUAAUGCUUUAAAGGGCUGCGAUGCAGCCAUUAAGGCUCAAUCCAUUGAUGAACUACCACACUCUCAUAUGUUCCUUUCCGAAGUAGGUAAAAAGUGUUCUAAGGAUGCAUCGUUAAUUGUGAUCCCUGGUACCGAGUCUACACAUUUUGUAACAUCAGUCCGCAUUCCAACAGAUUACUUGCACGAAGAUAUGUUUAAGAUUUCUUUAGCCAAUGCCAUUUUAACGGCUGUGGAAGGUCCCUUCUGGAGAGGAAUUCGUGGAACAGGUUUAGCAUAUGGAGCCCUGAUUCGGAGAAAUGUUGAUACUGGGUUUUUGAGUUUUAUCAUUUAUCGUGGUUCCGCUCCAGAACAAGCUAUUAAUGUUGCUAAGCAGAUAAUUGACGAGCACAUUGAUGGCAAGGCUGAAAUUAGUCCCAUGAUAAUCGAGAAUGCUAUUGCUUCACUUGUCAAUGAAAUGGCAAAUGGGGAGUCCAAUAGUUAUGAAGCUGCCACUUCAAAGAUUUCAGAUAACAUCUUCCGUAAGAGAGGACCUCACUAUGUUAAGACAUUCUUACAACGUAUGAACCAGUUGACUGCUGAUGAUGUUCGGUAUGCGUUGAAGAAAUAUUUUGCACCUAUGUUCUCGGCAGAAACAUCAGUAAUCUUUUGCAGUUUACCAUUGGAAACUGCCGAUGAAUUUAAAUCAUUCUUGCAUACUCAGGGCUAUGAUGUUCAUCUUGAGCACGUGAAUGCUGCUAUUGAUUCUGGUAGUGAAGAAGAAGAAGACUCAAUGAAACUUGAUGAUGAAUUUUCGACUCUGGAGGAAGAAACUUCAAGUGGUGAAGAAGAACAACAAGAAGAAGUAGUAGAAGAAGAAGAUGAUGAUGACGAUGAAUGA